UGGAAAGCGGGGAAGAAGCGGAGAGGAUGGAGAGGACCGCGGCUCACCAUCAGCGGACCCCCGCCGCCAUUCCUCACCGUUCGGGCGAAUAGCAUCACCGAACGCGGCAGGCUCGCCUCCUACCCGCCCCCCCACCCCCCGCUCCUUCCCAGACCCGCCCCCCUCCUUGAGCCGACCUCGCCGUGCACGCGCGUGGUCCUCCCCUCCACCACCAGCGCCGCCACCCCUCCCACCACUAGGUCGAGGCGAGGAGGAGGAGGAGGAGGAGGAGGAAGAGGAGGAGGAGGGAUGAGGCGCGCGGCGGAGGGGAAAUGGCUGCCGAAAACAAGCCGGAAGGACUGAAGAAGAUACGAAACCCAGAGCGAAUGGUCAGGAUUGCUGUUGGUUACACAGGACACACCCCUCCCAAGAGUGACGAAUCCGACGCCAACAAUGAGCCAGGCCAGCUAAAGAUCUACCUUCCCAAGAAGCUGCUCGAGUGUCUACCCAAAUGUUCCUCUCUGCCCAAGGAGCGCCAUCGCUGGAACACCAACGAGGAGAUUGCUGCAUAUCUCAUCACUUUUGAGAAACACGAUGAGUGGCUGACGACAUCGCCAAAAACCAGGCCUCAGAAUGGCUCUAUGAUCCUCUACAACCGUAAAAAGGUGAAGUACAGGAAAGAUGGCUACUGCUGGAAGAAGAGGAAAGAUGGGAAGACCACCCGAGAGGAUCAUAUGAAGCUUAAGGUCCAGGGGGUAGAGUGUCUGUAUGGCUGCUACGUCCACUCCUCCAUCAUCCCCACCUUCCAUCGUAGAUGCUAUUGGCUGCUGCAGAACCCGGACAUCGUGCUGGUGCACUACCUGAAUGUGCCGGCAGUGGAUGACAGCGGGAAGCCGUGCGGUCCGGUCCUCUGCUCCAUCAACACGGACAGGAAAGAGUGGGCCAAGUGGAGCAAAGAGGAGCUCAUCGGGCAACUCAAACCUAUGUGUGCUGGAAGCAGCCUGCAUCAGAAAUGCUCCAGUGUCAAGCAGCGUAUCAUCUCAUCCAAACAGGAGUCAGGCGCAGGAGGAGGGACAGCAGUAGGAACCAGUGUAGCAGCAGGCCAGAGAGCUGAGGAAGCAGAUGGCACGGAGGUCCAGAACAGUGAUGUAUCGGAGGGCCAGACUGAGCCCAACCCUGGCGGGGGCAGGAGCCGGGCGGGCGGAGCGGAGAGGAGGAAUGGCAGGAUAACCAAACCUUCCCUGCUCCCACAGAGCAGCAUGGAGGUGUCAUCUUCCACCUCGACCAACCAGGUGGAGGUACCCGACACCACCCAAAGCUCGCCGCUGUCUAUUGCGAGCGACAUGGCUGACAGCCCGGCUCUUGCCAUUGGGACCAGCUUGUCACAGAGUACUGCUGUGUUUAUGUCUGAGGUCACCACUCUGACCGGGGAUUCGGUUUACUCGGCGGGCCAUACCCACCUGUUGGCUUCGACCCAUGAGAGCACCGCCACUGGUAUCCUGUUGGCUGUCGCCCCUGACAACCAGCGGUUCGCAUCAUUCAGUGGAGGGUUGGGGGAGGGAGGGGAGCUCGUUCUGUCCAGCUCUUUAGACUCUGGUGUUGGUGUCAGCCUUCCCGAGACCACCAUGACCUUCGAUCCUGACUGCUUCCUCAACAAUCCCAAGCAGGGACAAACGUACGGAGGGGGCGGAGGGAAGACCGAGGGCUGCAAUGGCGACGACGGGGGGCUCCACUGCUCUACUAAUGGCUUCGUUUAUAACCCAGCACUCGUCAACAACAUCAAGACAGAAGCUCCGCCGCUGGAGCAGCCGCUUGCAACACAGAGCAGCUACGUGGGAGAAGGGACGGGCCUCAGCCCCAGCACCACCCUGGAGCAGAUGGACUUCAGCGCCGUCAUGUCCUCGGCCUGCGUCUCCAGUCUGAGCCAGCCUUCGCACCACCCUUCCCAAGGCCUCUUCCUCCAGGCCUCCCCCCAGACAACCCAGCCUGCUCAGCUGCAGGUCAACGGCACCAAGGCCGCCCAGGAAUCCAGCGAAUCCCGGGCCUACAUCGGCCUGCCCCCAGUGGUCUCCGACUCUCCGGUCACCAAUGGAGAACCGCACGCGCACCUCCACCAGGCGAGCACGGACCAGCAGGCCCUGUGCGCGAGGAACGGGCAGGCGGCAGCAGUCGGGUCGUUCCCCCUGACAACACAGGACGUCGACCAGCCGGGCAGCAGGAGUCAUCAGGACGUCGCCGCCUUGGAGAAACCAACGGAAAAUGGAGAAGAUUUGCUCCUCAAGGCCGGGGAUCCCCACGAGGCGUAUGCGAGCGUUGAUGCCAAACAUUACCUACAGCCCACAGAUGACACGGGAGGGGGGGACGAGGGUGGAGGGGGCGGAGGAGGAGGAGCUGAGAAUGAAAUCAUAUGUAACGGUGUGAGCAUCUCAGUCGCCAGCAGUUCAGUGGUGGCCAGUCCUCAGUCAAUAGGCGUAGGUUCAAACAUUGAAGGUGCUCUCUACAGCUCUCCGCUUCCUCAGCAAGGUGCCGGGGUGUCCGCAACGACAGCUGGGGCAGGGGCAGCUAUCAGCCUGGAAGGAUUUGAAGCUUCAUUUGGAAGCCAGUUCUCCGAUCUUAUCAAUGAUUUCAUCUCAGUAGAGGGUUCUGGGGGUGGUGUGGCAGCGGCCGUCACUGGGGUUCUGAUGCCCCAAGAGGGGGCAGGAGGAGAGGAACACAGCACAGCGGCCGGCCACCUGCAGGGCUCUGAGGUGGAGCAGGGGCCGCUGGGACUGCUGCAGGAGACUGGCAGGCUGUUCGGCGUGACGGACUACUCCCCAGAGUGGUCUUAUCCAGAGGGGGGAGUGAAGGUGUUGAUCACUGGUCCGUGGUUGGAGUCCAGCAGUGAGUACAGCUGCCUCUUCGACCACAUCAGUGUCCCAGCUGCGCUCAUCCAGCCCGGGGUGCUGCGCUGCUACUGCCCAGCCCACGAUACAGGACUGGUGAUGCUGCAGGUGGCCAUGGGCGGUGAGGUCAUCUCUUCUUCUGUGGUGUUUGAAUAUAAGGCACGCGACCUACCAGCACUGCCAUCUUCUCAGCACGACUGGCUGUCCCUGGAUGACACCCAGUUCAGGAUGUCCAUCUUGGAGCGUUUGGAGCAAAUGGAGCAAAGGAUGGCUGAAAUAACCAAUCAGAACCCCAGCUCAGAAACCAUGGCAACCAAGGGUGGAGGAGUGGAGGGGGGAGGAGCUAAUGAUCAGCGGUCUCAAAGCUCCCCUGAUCAGAGCACAUUUGAGGGCCGCGUGGUGGUGGUUUGUGAGAAGAUGAUGUCUCAGCCCUGUUGGACUUCUUCUAACCAGCUCGUCCACAGUAAGAACUCCAGAGGAAUGACGUUACUGCAUCUAGCCGCAGCUCAGGGUUACGCGGGGCUCAUCCAGACACUCAUUCGCUGGCGCACAAAGCAUACCGACAGCAUUGACCUUGAGCUGGAAGUGGAUCCUCUUAACGUCGACCACUUCUCCUGCACACCACUUAUGUGGGCGUGUGCUUUGGGCCAUACUGAGGCAGCACUUGUUCUUUACCAGUGGGACCCAAGAGCUCUUGCGAUUCCUGACUCCCUGGGUCGCCUGCCGCUGAACAUCGCCCGAUCCCGCGGUCACACUCGAUUGGCUGAGCUCCUGGAGCAGCUGCAGCAGAGUCCUCACACUAAGGGCCAGACUGUGGAUAGCUGGAUGGAGAAGUGGAAAGGAGGUUCACUGAACAGUGGAAUCAGCUCCAGCACUAAUCCAAGCCCAGAGGUGAGAAGAAACAGAGCAGAGAGCCAGCCAUUAAACCAGAACCAGAGCUGGAGCCAAACUGGUCAAAGACCCCAACCAGGAGCCAACGUGGAACAAGGAGGUCCGCCCCCAGCCAAACGACUGAAAUCUAACCAUGCGAGCCAGCAACAGCUCGCUAACUCAACCCCAGGCUCCAACACCAUCAGCUCCCUCCUCGCCUCUUCCCCGCGGCCUAAUCCCCUCCGGUCCAUCUUACCCAAGACCCAAAAAUCUGACCUCAGCUAUCAGAGAGCACCUCCUUCCAGCUCCACCCCUGACCAGCCUCGGUUCCCCAGUGCCCCAUACUCUCACCUGCAGGCCAGGAUAAGGGGGUCUGAGAGGGACAACAUUUGGAGCCUGAGACGAUCUCUUGGACCAAAUAGCCUGGUCCGGAGAUUUCAAGGAAAAGAACGGUUGGCCAUUCAUCUGCGGCAGAGAGUGCUGUCUGACAGGGGAGAGGAGACUGAGCUGCUGACCUAUCAGGAUAACGCAGACGACUUGCAGGUGGACAUUACGAUGCUUGCUGAUCACAUCAUGGAUGCUUCAGCUGGACGGCUUAAGCAGACCACAGACGCUGAAGCAGGUUCUGCAAAGGUUGGGAUCAGCAGUGAUGUAAAGUCGCUGUCUGGUUACCUUGAUGAUGUGGAAAGGUUUCUGAAAUCCAAGCCCCAGGCUACAAGCCCCAAACCAAAUUCACUCUCAGGGCUGGAGGAGCAGCAGACUUCUCAUGCAAACCAAGCGCCCUCGUCUCCCUUUGACUGGAGCUCCUUCCUCUGUGCAGCUAUGAAAGAGGAGAAGUUGAAAACAAACUCCUCUUGUCUAGCCAUGACUGAGGCAGAGCAGCAGGAGCUGUAUGAAACCAUCCGGCACGCUCUGCACUCCCUCAGAAAACACAAGGGUCCCAUUCAGGAACAACGCAAAGAGAUUGCAGCAGUGAUUCAACGCUGCUACAAGAGAUACAAGCAGUAUGCACUUUAUAAGAGGAUGACUUUAGCAGCCAUCCUGAUCCAGAGUCGUUUCCGGAGUUUCCACGAACAGAGGAAGUUCCAGCAGAGCCGUAGAGCAGCGGUCCUCAUCCAGCAAUACUACCGCUCCUACAAGCACUCCCUCAGCAGCCUCCUAACUAAAAAACAGAACCAGGCUGCUCGUAAGAUCCUGAGGUUCCUGCUCCGCUGCCGCCACAGGGCCAGAGAGCAGAGAAAGGCCAGGGGUCCUGAGAAUGCAUCACCAGGCCCUGCACACAGCCCCCUCAGCCUGUGAGCACUCCAAGACCCCACCCCACCCACGCUGCCCCCAACCACCCCUCCAAUCAUCUUUCCUCCAACCCCCAACCCCCCCUACCCUCCCUUCCUUUUCCAUUUCCCAGCCUUACCUCGUGCCCUCUUCUCUCCUCCUCGCUCUCAACCUCCCUGGCCUCAUUUCUCAAGAGGAAAAAAAAAAAAAAACUCUUCCCAAACGGACUGAGGACAGGAUAGGUGUCCAUCAUGGCAGCUCAGACAGACAGACUGCUGGGCAGAGCCCCAGAACCAGGCUCUGCUCACAGCACUGAUCCUCCUCCAGUUUAACUGGGAGGCCAUCACAUUAACCUCAUGGCAUUCUUUGCACUCCUCAUGGGUAUGUUUCUUUGCAAGAGCAAGUUGUCGAGCGGGACACGUGGGAAAAAAAAGAAAAAAAAAAAAAAGAGGAAGUGCCUGACGACGACAUCCUGCUGUCUAAGGCAGCAGCUGGAUGCGCUGAAGAGGCUCCGGCGGGGAACAGCUGGCUCAAGGAAGAGGCAACUUAUACAUGCAAAAAAAACACGCAAAACCCCGCUGUGUUUUUUUGUAUCCAAGCAGAGAUCUGUGAAAGAAUAAGAAACCAUAAACCAAAAAAACUCACUUCUAUGUUGCAUUUGCAUGCAAGGUCCAACCCCCCCUCUUUCUCUCGCUUAUUUCUCCUCUAUAUCAUCCUACAGAGCUACAGUGGCAAAUCAUUCUGCUGAUUCAGUAUCUCACAGUAUCACCCAACCACUCUGACUCACAGGCUUACAAAGCUAUUAGUCACCUAAUCAACAAAAAAAAAAAAGGGGAGGAACUGCACUUGAAUGUACGAGGAGCAUUGUUAGAUAAAAGGGAAGCGGCCUGAAUAACGAUGUCUUAAUUUGCUACAUGGACUUUGUAUGGAGUUGUUCUCAACGGCAGCACUUUUGCUUGCCCGACGUGGUGUGUCCGUGUUCGUUCAAUUCAAUGCAUGUGUUUGAGCUAUGAGCUCCUGCAUGCUUGCCAAACUGCUUUAGUGUUGUUUCUUUUUUGUAAUUUCUAUGUGUAAUCGUGUCUCAUGUCUUCAUCGACUUAUCCUUGCCCUGUGUAAUGUGAACCGUGUAAGGACAAAUGACUUCUUUUGGGUGCUUUAUUUAUUAUUUAUUUAUUUGAGGGUCUAAUUCUUUGUUUAACUGGCUCAAGAGUGGUUUAGCUCAAGACUGGUCCCACCCCCAACCCCCCCAACCCCCACCCCCAACCCCCAACCCGUUCCCCUCCCGGUGUGAUAAAAUAUGACAUGUUCCAAUGGUUAAAUGUCUCUGUUAGUUUGUUCUGCGUGAACCUCCAAAUCCUAACUGUGGUUUUGAGGACAGAGUCACAUAACAUUGCCUUGACUUCUUCUUGACUCCGAGAGGUCUCUAUGCUUGCUCUGUAAAGGACACGGGUCCUCUACUUGCCCCUAUACAGGGCACCGCUCCCUGUAUCAGCCCUAUAUGGGUGAUCAAAUCCAUAUUUUGGACUAUUGCAUAUUUCUGUACAUAAACUGACGAGGUAAGGGGAUACAAGGACCCUGAAACUUUUUCAUAAGAAGACUGUAUUUAAGAUUAUAAAUUAUUUUACUUCCCGUAACGAGAACUUUAGACAGAGAAUCUGGGUACACAGGACGGCAUAUUGCUUGUAAAUAAUGUAGAUAAUACAAACGGAGUAAUGUGCAUGAGAUUUAAGACAAAAGAAACAGCUAAAAGAACAUAGUGGCUAUGGACUGUGAGAGGAUUUUAACUGCUUCACUUUAAGAGUAUCCAGUAUAAGUGUUAUUUAAAAAGGACAUUUUCUUAAAAGCAUGCAAACGAAAAAUCUAACAUUAGAAAUAUAAGUGGGAAAACAAAGUAAGCUGAAACCAUGAUCUUUCAGACAUAAAAAAAAUACAAAAAACAAACCAUUUACACUUUGUGCUCUUGUUUCUUGGCUAGCAAAAAUUAAACCCGUUUUGCCAGUAGUGCCAAUCAUUAUGAAUGCUAUUUUUGCCUAACAACACAGUAUGUUAUGCUGGGGAAACCAGUACCAAGAAGUUAUCAGUAAGACCCACAGAGGCAGCAGAUGCUGACAGUAAACAAUAGCGACCUAGUUCUAGCUCAGAUGUAGACCUACAAAUCCUGAAGUUUGUCUGAAACGGUAGACUUAUGCAUAAAACGGCGAUGGGGACGAAGCAAGCAUAAAAGAUGAUGCUGAUGACUUCGAUGUUUAAAUGUGAAUGCUAUGACUGGUGAACCAUAAAGGGAAGAGGGUCCCACAGUGGGUAUAAAAAGUCUGAGCACACAUUAAACAUAAAAUGUAUGAUUUCUUUCCACCUUCGAUGUGAAAAUAGGCCUAUAUAAAGGCUUUGAUGCAAGGAUUUCAUUAUAAAUCUGUUGAUCUGGUUUAUUUUUUUGUGAUUUAAUUUUACAUGUGUUCUACGGUGCUUUUGUGGCCUUUUCUCUAAGAAAGGGGCUUUACAAGUUAAGCUUUUACAUGUGUUUUAAUUAUAAAACCAGUAAAGUUAUUUGAAAACAAAUUUUAAAUAGUAAAGAAAUGAAAUAAUGUGGUUGCAUAGGUAUGCACAAGCCUAAUCUAAAAGUUUGCUGCAACCGGUUUUGAUUUUAUUGCAGCACGCGUUUGGGCAGGAGUCUAUCAGCAGGAUACGCCUUGACUUGGCUAUGUUUGCUCACUCCAACUUUGAAAAAAGACCAAAGCCCCAGUUUCACCAAAACCAAAACAGCCCACACCAUGAUCUUCCCACCAUCAUGCUUUAAAGUGGCUAUUGUGUUCCUUUUGUGAUGCGCAGUGUUAUUUUUGCACCAAACAUACUGGAAUUAUUUUUGGAAUUAUGGCCAAAAAACCCAAAUUUAAUCGAAGCUUAACACAAUUUCCCCCCGUGCUUAUGGAGAACUUCAAAAGUGGGUUUGCAAAUUUUAGCCUCAGUUGGGGGAUUCCUUUCGUUUCCAUUCUAACCUUUUGCUCAGACACAUGAGUAAUGCUAGAGAUCGUUAUCGCAUGUACUACACAGUCAGUGCUUGCCAGAAACUUAUGCUACGUUUUGCUGCGGGCCUCUUGGCAGCUUUCAUUUUCUCUUUUCAUCACUUUCGGGGAUAAGGGUAAUGUCCAUGUUACGCCACAUUUUUCUCCUUGAUUUAAUGGCUUGGAAUUCCUCCGGUCCCCGCUUUGGAAACUUGCUGCAGACGCUGUUGGGAAAUAGUCUAUAGGAGAAGGUCAGAAAAACCGAGUAGAAGUGCCGAACCAUAUUUGUGGUUUGAACACAGCUACAUCUCUGGCUAAAAGAGGAGGUACACUAUUUUGCAACCACUUUAUUUCAGUUUUAAAAAGUUAGGGAAUUAUAUAUCUUUGUCUAAUUUUUUUACGUCACAAACAUAUCAUUUAAAUCGCAGGUGUGUGGACUUUUUAUAUCCACUGAAUGUCCCUUACGGGGUGGUUUUGCUCUAGCAACAUACUGGCUUUUAUUGAGACCAUUGUUCCCACCUGCAGCAGAUCCAGCCCGGCCUCCAGUCAAAGGUUUCCAUCUUCAAACAGAAUGUCUCUGAACUCAUGGUUUGUUUCAUUUCUCUUCCUUUUCUGCUCAUUGUCACUGCCAUAAUUGUAUGACAUGUACUUUAAUCUUUUGGGAAGCUCUGUUUAGAAAGUGCCUGCUCAACAACAGAAAACUAAUAUCAGGAAGUAUUGUAUAUUCUCCAAAAUGUUCCCAGUUAUCGCUUUAUUUUCCUAAAUUGUGUGUUAAAAUUAAACUUGACAGUGUUCUGCUCUCUGUUAAAAGCCCUAAUCUGUCUGGUAUGAAUGGAUGCUCAUGGCCUAAUUGAUAAUAUGUGUUACUUUGUUGGGCAAACAAAUAUGACAGCAACGCCCCCACCUUUGUGUGUACUUAUUGGAGGAGGGGAGAAAAAAAUUAAUUCUGCUUCUGUCUAUGAGAGGCACUAUCACAAGUCGAUUUGCAGCUUUUCCACUGGGAGACCUGUGUGUUUUCAUUUAAUUCUCGCUCUUAUUUUUCUGGGAGAAAAUCAUUUUGCAACAUUAAAACAAAAGCAAAACUCUGAAGUCUUUAGCUGUCUAAAUAUGUGUCACAAACAUCCUCUUUGUUGACUUUUUUUUCUUUUUUUUGUUUCAACCGUGACCCAGUCUCUCACUCUGAUGUGCUCGCACUCAGCGUGGAACGCAAAGGUUCGCGGUCUGGCACACACGUCAAAAAGGCCACACUCUUUCUCUCAUGUGCUUAUGUCUUCGGGAGGCAUGAAAUCUCUCCCUUAGAUUAUACUCAGGGUUGAAGAACAGGGAGAUGGUAUGUGGAUUGCAUUAGAACUGGCUGGCACACAGGUGUCCCGCAUUUGGCGGCCGCGUCCAUUCGGAUGCACGUAUGUGUGCACAUAUUGGAAGACAUCAGCUGUCCCUUCGUUGUGUAGCACCUGCAAAUUUGAACACGUUUGAUACGCACGUUGCUGUAUCCGAAAAUGCUCUUGAACCUAACAUCCAAGAUCCUUAACAUGGACAAUUUUAGGUGAUGCCAAAUUACAGUGUCUUGCAAAACCAUCAAUAACCCUUGAACUUCAUCACAAUUUGUCACGUUACAGUCCCAGAUUUAACAUAUUUAACUUAAUGAAAAGGAUACAUGUUUCUUUUUUUUAUAUAUCUUUUGUUGAUAAAAAAAUAAAAGUGUGGCAUGCUUUUAAUUCAGCUCGCUAUAUCUCAGUUCUAUGCAGAAUCAAAUAGUGAUGUAAUCAAAGCUGCAAACAAGCUUAGGUUUAUUUCUAGCAGCUCUACAGACCCAAAGAGAUGCAUAUUUUUGCCCUUUUUUUGUUUUUGUUUUUCAAUAGAAAGCUCGGAAAUUAUGUCUGGGUGUUUAGCUGCACCAUCCUCACUUGAACAUGCUUUGAUCUAAACCGUUCCACUGUAGCACCGGCUGUAUAUUUCAGGUCAUCCUGCUGGAAUGUUAACAUCUUUCCCCCAGGAUUGCCCUCGUUUUAGCUCCAUGCAUCCUCUCAUAAACUCUGGCCAGUUUUCCUUCUAUAAUGCCAGAUUUGUGGAGCACCAAACAUACUUAGCACUGCAGCUCCUCCAGAGUUACAAUGAGCUUCUUGACUGGUUCUCUGAUUGAUACGCUUCCUGCCCAGCCUGUCCAUUUAAGUGGACGGUCGUGUCCUUGUAUGUUUUGCCUUUGUGCCAUAAACUCUUUCCAUGUUGAAAUGAUAGGCUGGACAGAGCUCUGGGAGAUGUUAAAUGCUUAGGAUGUAGUUUUAUGGCCCGCCUCUGCUUUAAACGUCUCCACAGCUUUCUCCCUGUGCUGGGUUCCUUGGCCUUUAUCAAGCUGUCCAUUCACUGAUGUUUUCCAACUCCAAACUCAGGCCUUAUCAGAACAACUAAAUUUAUACUUAGGUGAGAUGACGGCGGACUCGAUCAUGUGACUUCAUAGGCAACUGGGUGCACUUUAAUUAGGGGCAUCAGAGUAAAGGCAGCUGAAUGCAAAUGGCCACCACACUUUUCAGAUACAUAUUUCAAACGCCUUGAAACUCAUGUAUCCUUUUCCUUCCACUUCACGGCUACAUCACGUUUGCGUAUUGCAUAAAAUCCCAAUAAAAUACAUUGUCUGCAUUUGUAACGACCAAAUCGGAAAGGAUUCAAGCGUUAUGAACAGCUUUUUAAAGGCACUGUAAGUCAUACACCUCCAUCAUCAUAAAAGCUAGGUUUUAGUUCACUUUUAUCGAUCGUGCCGAUAGACAGCCACGGCGAGGACAGUCCCUCUUCAACCCCUAUGAGACUGUCCUUCCUCCCUCAGCAGCAGAGCUAAAGAUGACAUUCUGAAACUCCCUCACAGACGUGCACAAGCAAUCAUUGGUUCGUGAACUUGUACAAUACACAAAAUACUAUCCCUCACUACAGAAACCCCAUCAGUAGGAUCUUGUUUUGGAGAGGACGGCGACUGUAAAGAGUAUGUAGAUUAGAAAAAGUACAGAUUAAAAGGUAAGACACUUUGCCAUAGUAAAACAGGUGGUGAACGUGCACAGAGGUAGCCUCUGUUCUCAUAAGUCCGCCUAGAAAUGAACCAUAUAACCUUUCAGGCCUUGUUUCAAGAGGGCGUGGCCAAGCACCACAUUGCAUGCUAGAAUGGUAGACCCUUAUAGAUAACCUAUGGCUAGACCUCUCCUUGCCUUCCUGCUCUUUCACCCUGUCUUCCCUUCCUCUCUCUCAUCUCCUGCCGUACCACCAUCCUGCCUGCUGUUGUGUUCUCCAUGCUGAUCUCAGCUGCUCAUUCCUCUCUCUCUUUCUCUCGCUCUCUCUCUCUCUUUUUUUUUGUAGUCUAGUUUUUAAAUCCUUAUUUUUUUUGUUUGUUUUACAAACAUGCAUGCACAAGCAUCACUAACUUGUUGAUGUUUUCAAAAGAAUAUUUUGUUGCUGAGGCCAUGCAAAGUGUUUUUUCAAUAUUGCCCUUAUAUGUGGAAUAUGUCUUCUGAAUGCUUUACAUAAUUUCUGCUGUAAAAUGAAAUCAGAAUAAAAAGAAAAUUUGCACUUUAACCUA